AUGAUGGAGUCAGAAUUAAAAAAUCAGAAUGACCUAUUGGAGCAAUUAAAAUCUUUACGCUCCGAAAAAGAGUUAUUAGAAAAACAUGUAUUUGUACUCAAUGAGUGUUUAUCUGUAGAAGAAUUAAAAACUAAAAUAUCUAGUCUGGAAAAAAAGAAAGAGAUGUUAGUAUCAUUAGAAGGUGUAAUUGGAAGAUUACGUUCUGAGAUUGAGCCUCUAAAGUAUUUGAAAUCCGUUUUAAAAACUAAAUUAGGUGAUGAGAGUAAAAUUCAAUCAAAUAAUAUUGGGUCUGAGUCAGUUGAAGAAACUUUGGAAGCACGUGCUGAGAGUAAACUGCGAAAACAAAUAAAUGCUGUAUUGAAAUACCAUUCAGAUUUUGAAAAUAAUACUCAAUCAAAUGUUGGCUCAGAAUGUUGUAUUGAUACUGGAUUUUAUGUUCCUAAAAUUGAUUUCAAAUUAUAUAACGAUUCAUCUGUUGAUGUACAACCUAAGUCUACUCAUUCGGGCAAUUUUAAAUUGGAUAUUUACCCAAAGUUAAAGGAUGUUAAUCUCAUUGAUGCAUUCCAAAAACCAAUUCCAUCUAAAUCUAAUUCAGUUUCAACUGUAAAUGAUGGCAGUCUUGAUGAAUGUAUGCAACUGUUGGAUCAAUAUGAUGUAGUUACUGAUCAAGAAAUAUUAAAUUUCCCUACAGAAGAAAAUGAUUUGAAAAGUCAAAGAGUCGACAAAGAGCCUACUAAUCUUAUUGAUAUUGAAAAUAAAAUACAGGAUGCACAAAUAAAAACAAUAGAAACUCAUUAUUUUGAUGCUGACAGCAAAAUAAAAUUUAAAAGUCAAGUACCUAUAAAAAAUGAUUUUAAAAGUCAAAGUGGUGACCAAGAGCCUACUAAUAAUAUUGGUAUUGAAAAUAAAAUACAAGAUGCACAAAAAGACACAGCAGUAAUUUAUUGUUUUGAUGCUGAUGGCAAAAUAAAAUCUAAAAGCCAAGUACCUAUAAAAAAAGAUUUAGAAUUGUGUUCGAACAGCUCUGUUAAUCCUGUCUCUGCAACAUUUGAAAAUGCGAGUAGUAAACUUCACGAGGCUAGUACAUCUCAACCAACUCUAAACAAAGAAAGUUUAUGUUCAGAUUCCAAUGUUAGCAUUGGUGAUCUGUUACUAAAAAUACCACAUUUGUUAUUGCAACAAGGAAUCGAUUAUAUUCAAGAUGAAGAAGACGUGAAUCAGUCUUUGAAAAAUGUAAAUGUUAGUACAGACAUAUCAUCAAAAGAGCAUAAUAAACUCAACAAGAAAAAUAAAUUCGAAAAAGAAUUUAAUAAAUUGGUUAAUGACUGUACAAAUGUAUUGCUAAACAGUUCACAAACAACAGAAAAGACUAACGUAUCCCCUAAACAAACAGAAUCAGGUCAAUAUGAUGAAUUGCCGCCUAAUGUCAGUAAUUCUGAAUGCAGCAUUAAUAGCUUCAAUGAUAUGAAUUUAAAAAUUGAUAUCUUGCGCGGCAUAUACUCUCUUGGUUUUGUCAAUCCAACUGCUUUACAAAAACGCAUUGUUGUGCACUCCAUAAAUGGGCGAGACAUAAUAGUUUUUGCUGGACCAGGUAAUGGUAGAACAAUGAUGUUUACCAUACCAUUACUGCAACGUAUUAAAACCAAUUUAAAUGAGUGUCAAGCAUUAGUGUUAGUACCAACCAGAGACCUUGCCGUACAUAUUCAAAAGAUCAUUAUGAGUGUAGGCGACUUUUUGGGUGUUAAUGUGUGUAUUGGUGGUGACAAUGUUCCAAGAAAACUAUCUGUUGUUCCACAUGUAGUCGUCGGUACCCCAGCUGGAGUGUCCAAUAUGAUUUCAUGCAAAUCUCUACGUACUGGAAGCAUUCAAACAGUUGUAAUCAACAAAGCUGAGAAGAUGUUAACUAGUAAUUGUACCAUAUUAAUUGAAGAAAUAAUGAAAAAAAUAACAAGAACCAGACAAGUCACUUUACUGACAUCAGAUAAACUUGACCAUGUAUUAGACAUUUACAUGGAAUCCUUACGUGAUCCACUGGUUAUUAUUAAUGACCAAGAAAAAGAAUAUGAUCUGCUAAAAAAUCUUCCAAAACAGUUUUAUUUAAACAUUCAAAAGGAAUGGAAAGUGAAUGCACUUUGUGAAAUUAACGAAACAUUGAAAAUACAGAGAUCUAUUAUCUUCUGCAACACUUUGGAUAGAGCUCAAAAACUAUGCGAGUCAUUACAAAGAUUGGAAUAUGCUGUAUCACUUUUUCAUUUAGAAAUGAAUGCACAUGACCGCGAGCAAAAACUUGAUAUGUUUUCUUCUAACAAUUUAAAAAUGCUCAUCACCACAGAUCCAAUCAAAGGCAGCCAGUUUCAGCAAGCCUCUUGGAUAAUAAAUUAUGAUUUACCUAUAAAUCCUAUUUGUUAUCUAGAUAGAGUGGCCAAAUGUGCCGAAAAUAUAAAAGUGAUAAAUCUCAUUGAUGAGGAUGACGACCAAAUAAAAUUGGCAAUUGAAACACACAACAAAUCUUAUAUGAUUCAGAUGCCUCUGAAUAUGAUUGAUUUGUUACAAUAUUAG